AUGUUCGAUCUUUCUAAAUCUAAAACAAUUGGCAGUCCUCGGCGCAGCGCCGAAAUCCCGCUGGAAUUCCGCCAUCCUUGCGUAGAUAAACAAAACACUGUGCCCACCAACGUCAAAGGCUGUCUGUGCACUUCAUCGAGGGGUUGCCAAAAUGUUAGUGAACACGCGAUGAAAGUUGUCGAGAGAGCGAAUACUGCUUUGCAAGGAUCUCCUCAGACUCAGAGUAUUGCUAAAAUAACGAUAGAAAGCAUCAAUUUGAAAGUGCCACAUCUCACACCCAACGAUGACAUAAAGUUGCAGUUGUUGACACGUAUCAAAGCAGAUGAGUCUAUGAUGAUACCGUUUCGCAGAUGGGAAUUGCACGAGCUACCAGCACUCACACAAGGAUCUACCAUAGAAAUCUGGUCCGUCAAGACAUGUUCUGCAUUGGACAGUCCAAGAUAUGUUAUAGUAUUUUUCCAAACGAAAAAAGCCGAUAAUUUGCAUGAAGACGUCACCUUGUUCGAUAAUGCCAACAUCAAAUCCAUACGAUUGGCUCUGAAUAGCGACUAUUAUCCGCAAGAACGAAUGCUAUUGGACUUUUCCCGAGACCAAUAUGCUGACGCUCACUUCAACUAUACAGAGUUCAACAAGAGCUACCAUAACUGUCAAGAAAAGCGCUCUCUAGUAAACUUUGCCGAAUUCAAAUCCCGACCAAUGUUUGUUAUCGAUUGCUCGAGGCGCCAUCUGGGACAAGAAGUAAAUAAUAAUGAGUCUAUCAAGUCGUUUAUUGGAGAGAACAUUAUAGACUUAAUAUUGCUGGAAGGAAGUGCGAUUAUGGAGCUGUUGAAUCAAGAAAACAUUGCAGAAGCAGAGUCCUUUGAUCAUUUGUUUUGCAAUGAGCUCAACCAAAUGGAAUUUGACAAGGAAUUAUGCGAACCCGAAAUUAUUGAAAAUUGUGAAGAUGCAAGUUCCAUGAAUUUGGAAAAUAAGUGCAAGGGGAAUUUAGAAGAAGCAGAUAUGGCAAAAAAAGAUUUACUAAUGAAUAUUGCAGACACUGUAUUUGAAGACCCAAGUCCUAACAGCGACAAUCAGGUUCAUAUUCCAGAAACACAGAUAGUAAUAAAAACAUUGUUACAGGACAUGGUAGGUGAUGAUCAACCGAAAGACAGCGUUGAGUAA